GGGAAGGGCCAAGCCGAGUGAAAAACAUCAGCUCUUCAAAGUUUUCCGAGACAAACUUUCUUCUUGUUGUUAUUACCAACUAACUUCGCGGGAGUGAAUGUUGUGGAACUGACUUUAUCAGGAGUUUGCAGAUUUUGGGGGGAUUUGUGACGGAAACAGACUUUUUUUUAUAAAAACUGCCAGCUGUUGGUUUGCAGGCCGACCAGGAAAGAACCUCGGUAGCUUCCUGGUUCGCUACAGGUAUGAUGUCUGUCACCCCUCGGCGUGUGCGGCUGAAACCAUGGUUGGUGGCGCAGGUCGACAGCGGCAGAUAUGUGGGUUUGGAGUGGAUGGACCGCGAGGCCAUGCGCUUUAAGAUCCCAUGGAAACACGCCACACGACACACACCCCAGCACGAGGACGAGGACACCAUAUUUAAGGCGUGGGCUGUGGAGACGGGGAAGUUCCAAGAGGGAGUUGAUGAACCUGAUCCUGCAAAGUGGAAAGCACAGCUUCGAUGUGCCCUGAACAAAAGCAGAGAAUUCAAACUUGUCUAUGAUGGAACCAAAGAGGUCCCCAUGAAUCCUUUAAAGAUAUAUGAUGUCUGUGAUAUCCCACAACCCCUCAGUAACCAAGGCUCUUCAGAUGCUGGCUCUUGGACUCCUUAUGAGGAAGAGGGUGGUGAGGAAGAUGUUCCAGAUACACCAGAAUCUCUCCCUCCAUACCCAUCCAAUGGCACCCCCUCUCCUCUUAUUAUGUGGUCUCCCAUGGGCUCCGAUUCCUCUAUGCAGCCUCCCAGUUGUCCCCCUUCAAAUGAGGUCUGGCCCAAAGAGGAACCGGCUAAAAUCUGGCCUAAAGAGGAGCCGGUGGAUGUGGAAAUGCAGCCCACAGCCCUGAGUGACAUGCCCCCUGCUCCUCUGCCCGAUCACUCAAUGCAGCCACCCUCUCUACCAGAUAUGUUUUUUGCCUCUCCAGAGAUGUGGAUCAGCUCCCUCCCGAUGACCGACCUGGAGGUGCAGUUCCUGUACAGAGGGAAGGAGAUGUGUCCUAUGAUGACUAUCAGUAACCCGCAGGGCUGCAGGCUGUUCUACGGAGACCUCGGCCCCAUGGUCAACCAGGAAGAGCUGUUCGGGCCAGUGAGCCUGGAACAGCUACGUUUCCCGACCACCGAGCAUAUUACCAAUGACAAGCAGAGAGUCUUCACUAACCGCCUGCUGGAUGUGAUGGACAGAGGUCUAAUCCUGGAGAUCAAUGGCCAUGAUAUCUACGCAAUUCGUCUCUGCCAGUGCAAGGUGUACUGGUGUGGCCCGUGUGCUCCAAAUCCAGCAGCACCGAAUCUUAUAGAGCGACAGAGAAAGGUCAAACUCUUCUGUCUGGAGUCUUUUCUCAGUGGGGUGAUAGCCCACCAGCGUGGACAGACACCAAUCCCCCCCCAAUUCGAAAUCAGCCUGUGUUUCGGGGAGGAGUGGCCUGAUGGAAGGCCCAGGGAGAGGAAACUUAUCAUGGUUCAGGUCAUUCCAGUGGUGGCCCGCAUGAUAAGCGAGAUGUUUGCUGGAGACAACACACGAUCCUUCGAUAGCGGCAGUGUUCGCCUGCAGAUUUCAAUCCCUGAUAUCAAAGACAACAUAGUAACCCAUCUUAAGCAGCUGUACUGCCUGCUACAGACCCACCAGGGUCAGGAUGGCUGGGCACUGCCUCCUGGCCAAGGCCUGAACAUCGUCCAGGCUCUGCAGGCUCAGUGAGAAAACUGCACCAUGGACUGUUGAGCAAAAACAACAUGUAUCGUUUGUCAUUGUGUUUCAAACUGCUCCUGAGAGUUAACUACUGUUAGCAAAGAAGUACUUAUGUGUAAUCGUAUUUAGGAGUGUACACACUAUACUGUAGGAUUCCUGUUUUUCAGCUUUACUCUAGUAUGACUGUGCUAUGUUUUCUAUAGUGCCUUGAAGCGCCUGCAGGAACAGUAGAUUGAUGGGGUAACUGCAUGGGCCAAAGUCCUGCUUACUACAAGGCAACAUUUAACAUAGUUAAUGAGUUACAGAAAUUGCCCUCCGUCACUUAAAUCUAAAACAGGUCAGUGAUUACCAAGCUCCCCUUUGAGUCUGUUAUUCAUGAAACAGUGUAGGGUGCCGUUCUUAGCAUGGGGUUUGUAUAUUUUGGGAAAUAUAAGAAAAUGUGAAUGACAUUAUGGAGGGCUAAAAGUUUAUUCUGCCAUUUAUGGUUAAUUAUAGUGGCCAGUUGAACUCAUGCACAUACACAUACAUGCAGUUUGGGAAUGUCAAUUUUGUUAAACAAAUGAUGAUGAUGAUAAGUGCCUGCUUUCUAGUAAUUCAGCCUACAGUUUUGUUGACUUCGGCUGUUUUAUUUUUCCAUUUCUAUUAUAGGAUAUUUUUGUACACGUAGCGUUUGAUUUUAAGCCAU